AUUAUUAUUUUUUUUCAGAUUUAAAAAUUGAGUUCUAAACAGUUGAUUAAAGGAAUUGUGCAUGUAAAUACAUGUAACAUGUAAAUGUUAAUGAUAUUUGAUCAAUAAAAUAUCUAGAAAAAAAAUUGUUGAAAAAUGCAACUAUGACAGCAAAAAUAAAUUUUGUUGCAAGUAAAACUAGAAACCAGGUUGAUAAUGUGGAUUGUAUAGAAGAGCAAAAUUAUAAAUUUUGGGCACAACCAGAAAAUUUUGAUACUGCUGGCGAAGUUGAAAUAAGUAGUUCAUUAACGGAAAACCAUGAUUUGCUGUCUUUUGAAACAUCAGAAAAAUUUUUCGAAUCAUCCACCAUAAAAAUAGAAGAUAUUUGCGAUUCAAAGGUUUUAGAACGGAAUAUUGACCAAAGCCUUCAAGAUCAACAGCAUAUAGAUAAGAAACGUGAAAAUGAUAAACUACAGGUUAAAUUCAUGAAUGAUGAAUACCAGAAAGCUAUUGGUUAUUUACUUUGCGCUAAUAAAUCCAAAAGUGGCAAGCAGAAAAAAAAACAAACAAUGACUGCUUAUUUAUUUUUCUGCAAACGCUAUCGCCCGAAAAUUGUUGCACGCAACCCUAAGCUUACUUUUACUCAAAUGAGUAAGUUGUUAUCCCAUAUGUGGCGCAAUGCAUCUGAGCAUGAAAAAAAUACGUUCCGUUUAAAACUUAAACAUCAUCGAACAAAAGUAAACGCCAUUGUUGAGAAAAAUUUGAUUGAAAAAAUGAAAAUCGUGAAACAAGAAAAGCAAAAUGCGAAGAAAAAAAUGGCUUGUGAAGCAACAUGAAUAGAUUUCGAGGUGUUUAAAAAAGUGUUUUUUUUUUUCUCCCUCUUAAAAGAAAUUCAUUUUAUGAAGUGCUAAAGUUAAUUAUUUUUAAAAUGUAUAUAUUAACACAAAAACUAAAUAGUUUGUCUA